AUUUCCAGUGAAUUAAAUGCUGAAUUGUUUUAUUGCGGGUAUGACUUCCGUGUGACCCAGUUCUGUCGUGAUUCUCUCCAGGAGUAUAUCUGUCCGAGAUGCGACUCAGGGUUCAUAGAGGAAGUAACAGAAGACUCAAGCCUCCUAGAGGGUGGCGCUAACGGGAUAGAUGACGCAGCCACACAAUUUGCAGAGCUAUGGCACCUGUUGUUACUGGAGCGGCCAUUUACACUAGACGCUGACACACCGGACUCAGAACCCCGGCUCCCUGGAGGGCGUUUGGGGGGUCUGAGUGAGCUGGGGGGGUUGGGAGGGGGACCAAUCGGGGGGUCAGUCCCAGCAGGCCUUGGGGGACCUAUGGGGAGUCUAUUAGGGGCCGGGGAUCACUGGGGACCGGGACGCCCGCCUCGCCUACACAGCCAGAGGAGAUACCGCUCCAGAGGCAGCAGCAGACCAGACCGCUCUCCUGCUGUGGAGGGGAUUGUACAACAGUUUCUCGCCGGUCUCUUUGCCAACUCUGGAGUCCCCGGCUCACCUCCCCUCUCUUGGUAAGAUGACAUUACAGC